AUAAUGUGAUCAGUGCUUGCUCACAUCUGCGGCCGGUAACAACUUGUUGGGCAAACGCGCAUAUUUAGCUUUGUGACUGCGCGUAAAGUGGCGUAUACGAAAUUGUUUUGGCGUAUUUUCAAAGUGAGCAGUGCCUUAACAUUACUUAAGAAAUCUCAGAAAAUAUAUUGAGCAAUUAACAGUUUUAACAAACUGAAAGUUACAAUAAGCUAAUAUCAAGUUGGCAAACUGUAAACUGAUUAGUUUACAACGGAAGACUGCUACUUCCACUUGGCCUACGUAUAAACAACCAACUUAUUAUUCAAGCGGGUAAAGAACUGAAUUGAAUCGUAACCCGACUACUGUGUUGUUGUAAGAUUGGCAAAAAUUUCAGUUUUGCAAGAACUCAAACAAAAGGACACUUCAACUAUGUUUACACCAGUGAAAAUUAAGUCAAGAUUAUUAAUGGGCUUGAAAACUGCCCAUGCAGAUCUAACAAUUGCGAAGUUCAUACUCUUUUAUGGUCCAACCUUUGCCGACAGCAAUAUUUUUAAUCUAGAUGACUACAAAUCGCUGCUGGAGGAUUCAAAUUUCUGUAAAACAAAGAAAACCGUGCUGUAUAUACAUGGUUAUCUGGAGGAUGCGGACAUUGAGAGUGUACAUGUAAUUGUGGAUGCAUAUCUGCAGCGGGAUGAUGUCAAUCUCAUUGUAUUGGAUUGGGGUGAAUUGGCUAAUGGCAAUUAUAUGUUUGACGCCGUGGUCAAUUGUAAGCAGCUUGGGUCUGUUGUGGCUCGGCAUUUGAUUGGCAUGUUUGAGAUGGGCUUGGAUAUAGACAAAUUCCACAUAGUUGGACAUUCACUUGGCGGACAAAUGUCCGGCAUAAUAGGACGAGAAGUGUACAGGCGUAAUGGCAAAACGAAAAAACUACCCAGACUCUCCGCAUUAGAUCCUGCAUUUCCUUUAUUUUAUGGUACGUUUUCGAAUCAUUUGAGUAAACACGAUGCAGAAUUCGUUGACGUAAUGCACACUGAUGCGUGGAUAUACGGCGCUCCAGUGAGUACUGGCACUGCAGAUUUUUGGCCAAAUGGUGGUACCACAUUACAGCCUGGCUGCCCAAAAAGAAAUUAUAAACCGCUUUCUGAUAACGAUUUAUCCAGUCAUCGCCGAUCUUGGUGGUUUUGGGCCGAAAGCGUCAAGAAAGAAUUUCCUAAUAAUUUCUAUGCAGUUAAGGCGAAGAACUGGUCGGAUUUUAAAAAUGGCAAAUAUGAAGAUAAUGCAGAGCAGCGUGCUGUGAUGGGUCAUGACUGUCCUACAAACAUAACUGGAGACUACUAUUUACAAACUAAUGGCAUACCACCUUAUGCAAGAGAUAUCGCUGGCAUAACUUAUGUCCAUCCCACAAAACUGGUUGGAAACAGUAACGCCGAAGACGUUGAGCCGUCGAAAACAUAAUGCAUAGAUCUCUUGAUAGAAUUUUUUAGAUGUUAAAAAUUUCUCAUUUUAUAUAAAAUCUUGUAAAUAUUUUAAUAUGUAUAUUAUUUAUUAACAUAUGUAUAUGUAUGUACAUAUAUAGAUGCAUUUGUAAGCAAUUUUUUUGUAUAAUUUUUUAUAUACAUACAUAUGUAAAUAAAAACUUUGUGAGAUUUCAAAAGGUCUGGAAACUUAAAAUAUAACAUACUUUUAAUGCUUU